AUGGCGACCUGCAUGAAGAUGAUGAGCGCUGCCAGACAGCUCCACAGAAGUUCGGCUCUGGUUGGAAAACCCAACUGGCCCGGAGUUGUCGCCCACCGGACCGACCCUUCCGCUCUUAGCCGGCUUCAGCCCCGGCGGUCCUACAGCAGCGCCGGUGCCCCCCCCAGCACCUCGCUGAGCGGAGCCAUGACAGCUGGCUGCCGGCUGAGCGCAGCUCACCGCUGGAUGCGGGCUGGAGCCGUUCCUCGCGUCCGCACCGUUCUCCUCACACCGACCUCUGGACCCCACCGUGUCCCAGUCAGAUUGUACGGGAACCGGGCUAGCGGUGCGGGCUUCUCUGGGGAGGACGGCGCGGACAGCUCCGGCUCGGGGGGAGAGGAGUCUGGGGGAGACGGGGGAGGAGUGCCUUACAACGGAGCUCAGAUGACGGCUCUCACCCCCAUGAUGGUUCCGGAGGUGUUCCCCAACGUGCCGCUGAUCGCUGUGAGCAGGAACCCGGUGUUCCCCCGCUUCAUCAAGAUCAUCGAGGUAAAAAAUAAAGCAUUGAUGGAGCUGCUGCGGAGGAAGGUACGCCUGGCUCAGCCGUAUGCUGGAGUCUUCAUGAAGAGAGAUGAUACUAAUGAGUCAGAUGUGGUGGAGUCUCUAGAUGCCAUUUACACUACAGGGACCUUUGUUCAGAUUCAUGAGAUGCAGGACUUGGGAGAAAAGCUGAGGAUGAUUGUCAUGGGACACCGCAGAAUUCGGAUAACUAAACAGCUGGACGUGGAGCCUGAGGAGGCAGCGGCAUCCCCUGUUUUGUCAGAGUCUGAACCAGAGUCUCAAAACAAACCACCGAGACGCAAAUCCAAACGCAGCCGAAAGGACCAACCUGGCUCUCUGACAGAGCAGCUCGAGGACAAGAUUUCAGAAGCAGACCUGACUCCAGAGCUUCAGCCUUUGCCCUCCUCCAACAUCCUGAUGGUGGAAGUGGACAAUGUUCAACACGAACAUUUCACUGUCACUGAGGAAGUCAAGGCACUGACAGCAGAGAUAGUGAAGACCAUCAGGGACAUCAUUGCUCUCAAUCCCCUCUACAGAGAGUCAGUCCUUCAGAUGAUGCAGGCUGGUCAAAGAGUGGUUGAUAAUCCCAUCUACCUCAGUGACAUGGGAGCAGCGCUGACAGGAGCGGAGUCACAUGAACUGCAGGACGUCCUGGAGGAGAUCAGUAUCCCAAAGCGUCUCUACAAGGCUCUGUCUUUGUUGAAGAAGGAGUAUGAGCUAAGCAAACUGCAGCAGCGCCUGGGCCGAGAGGUGGAGGAGAAGAUCAAACAGACCCACAGAAAAUACCUGCUACAGGAGCAGCUCAAGAUCAUUAAGAAGGAGUUGGGUCUGGAAAAAGAGGACAAAGAAGCUAUUGAGGAGAAGUUUAGAGAGAGACUCAAGGACAGGACUGUCCCUCAGCACAUAAUGGAUGUCAUCAAUGAAGAGCUGAACAAACUGGGUCUGCUGGACAACCACUCAUCAGAGUUUAAUGUAACCCGUAACUACCUGGACUGGCUGACGAGCAUGCCCUGGGGUACAAACAGUGAAGAGAACUUAUCUCUGGAAAGAGCCAAAGAGGUUCUGGAAGAAGACCAUUAUGGAAUGGAUGAUGUUAAGAAACGCAUAUUGGAGUUCAUAGCAGUGAGCCAGCUGCGUGGUUCGACCCAGGGGAAGAUCCUAUGUUUCUACGGUCCUCCAGGUGUAGGAAAGACCUCCAUAGCCCGCUCCAUAGCCAGAGCGCUCAACAGACAAUACUUCAGAUUCAGCGUGGGAGGCAUGACUGAUGUGGCUGAGAUUAAAGGGCACAGGAGGACAUAUGUUGGAGCGAUGCCCGGAAAGAUUAUCCAGUGCCUGAAGAAAACCAAGACCGAGAACCCUCUGGUGCUAAUAGAUGAGGUGGAUAAGAUGGGUCGUGGUUAUCAGGGUGAUCCAUCCUCUGCAUUGCUGGAGCUUCUGGACCCUGAACAGAAUGCCAACUUUCUUGACCACUACCUGGAUGUUCCUGUAGAUCUAUCAAAGAUUUUGUUUAUCUGCACGGCCAAUGUGAUUGACACAAUCCCAGAGCCACUCAGAGACAGAAUGGAAAUGAUCAACGUGUCUGGAUAUGUGGCCCAGGAGAAACUAGCUAUUGCUGAGCGUUACUUGGUCCCUCAGCUGCGCUCCCUCUGUGGUCUGACCGAGGAGAAGGCCUCGAUUUCAUCUGAUGCCCUCAGUCUGCUCAUCAGGCAGUACUGCAGAGAGUCUGGAGUUAGGAACCUACAGAAACAAGUUGAAAAGGUUUUACGGAAGGUGGCAUUCUCCAUUGUCAGUGGGGAGCACACCAGAGUGACUGUUACACCUGAGAACCUGCAGGAGUAUGUGGGUAAACCUGUUUUCACAGUGGAUCGGAUGUAUGAUGUCACCCCACCCGGAGUGGUUAUGGGGCUUGCAUGGACGGCUAUGGGAGGGUCGACUUUGUUUAUCGAGACUUCACUCCGCCGCCCUUUAGGAGGAGCAGAAUCUAAAGGAGAGGGGACACUGGAGGUUACAGGUCAGCUCGGUGAUGUAAUGAAGGAAAGUGCAAAGAUUGCUUCAACGUUUGCCAGAACCUUCCUCAUGACCCAGGACCCAAAUAAUCACUUCCUGGUCAACUCCCACCUUCACCUACAUGUCCCUGAGGGGGCAACUCCUAAGGAUGGACCAAGCGCUGGCUGCACCAUUGUCACAGCACUGUUGUCCCUGGCAACCAACCAGUCAGUGCGUCAGAAUGUAGCCAUGACUGGUGAGGUGUCACUGACCGGCAAAAUACUGCCAGUCGGAGGAAUCAAAGAGAAAACUAUCGCUGCCCGUCGUGCUGGUGUGACCUGCAUCCUCCUUCCAGAUGAGAACAGGAAGGACUUCUCUGACCUGCCAGACUACAUCACCCAAGGCCUGGAGGUCCACUUUGUAGAUCACUACAGCCAAAUCUACCCCAUUGUCUUCCCGCAGAAACAGUCUUAAUCUGCUUGCAACUAAAGUGCUAAAACCUGCUUAGAACGGAUGGCACAGAAACCAGAGCCCGUUUCUACAACACAAACUGAUUGUUGUUCCGGUUGUACAUAGUAAAAUAUUGUUUUGGACUCUAUGGACUCUGACUCUGUCCUGCUAUGGAGAAUGGCACUAAAUGAAGUGUUCCAGAAUCAUCGAGAAGAACACCUGGCUCAGUGCAUAGUAAAUGCAGUACAUAUAUAAAAGUUACAGAUACUACAGGACCCUUGAAUGUAGGAGGACUGUCAUGUAUGGACUGAAACAAUGCAGCCAGCUGUGCCAAAAAUGGACAUAUACAAUGAAGUGGUGAUGAUGACCACUGGCCUGUCAUCGCAGGACAGGAUGCCAGUGAUCAGCAGAAGGUGGGAUGGUGACUUUGCUGCCAGGCAGCUUGAUUACCCACAGCUGUAAUUAUACAGAUCUGUGGAUGAACUCUUUCAUAGAUUUCCUAUAUAUUAUUUUAUAUUAUACCAGAUGUGAGGAUGAUGAUGUUUAAAUAAAUUAAACAAACAAACCCGA